AUUGAUUCAGACUGACGUUUUUCAAUCUUGUCUUGAUUCUAUUUACCUACGCAUUUUCGUGAAAUUUGUGAAAAAUAAACAUUGAUUUGUUGUGAAACAAAACAAUAACGAAUAAUAAAAGAUUUUCUGGUGUCUAAAAGUUUCCUAGUGCAUUUAUUUGUAUGUUUUGUUUGAUACGUGAAGAAUAACAGCGUAAUAAUAGUAAUGGGUCAAACCCUUUCUGAGCCGGUGACGCAGAAGCAAUCGGCAACAUGUCAGGACAGCCGCUACUUGGUCGGCUCAUCCUGCAUGCAGGGCUGGAGAGUGUCCAUGGACGACUCGCACACACACAUACUCUCCCUACCAGAAGAUCCGGGGACCGCAUACUUUGCUGUGUAUGAUGGACAUGGUGGGUCUAAGAUAGCUGAGUAUGCUGGCAAGCACCUUCACAAGUUUGUGACAGCCAGACCGGAAUACCACCUCGGCAACAUUGAAGAGGCUUUGAAACAGGGUUUCCUAGACCUGGAUCAGGCGAUGUUGGAGGAGGACAUGCUGCAGAAGAAGGUUGAAGGAAGCACGGCUGUGGUGGUGCUCAUAAAGGACAAUACCCUGUACUGCGCCAACGUUGGGGAUUCCAGAGCCAUCGCCAGCGUAAGGGGAGGGGUGGAAGUAUUAUCAAAUGACCACAAACCGAACAAUGAGAAGGAGUUCCAUCGCAUCAAGGCUGGUGGUGGAUGGGUGCAUCUUAACAGGGUCAACGGAAACCUGGCGCUCUCCAGGGCACUAGGAGACUAUGUCUUCAAGAGGAACUAUAGAUUGUCGCCACAGGAACAGAUUGUCACAGCGUUCCCAGACGUACAAGUGAGGCAGCUAAACGAUGACUGGGAGUUUAUAGUGAUAGCUUGCGACGGCAUCUGGGAGGUCUUAUCCAAUGAGGAGGUGAUAUCAUUCUGUCGUAUGCGCUUACUAAGGGGAUGGGAGCCGGCAGCGGUGUGUGAAGCGUUGAUGCAAUGUUGUUUAGCGCCAAACUGCGCCACGGGUGGACUCGGCUGCGAUAACAUGACCGUCCUACUUGUCUGCCUAGCCCCUUUCCCACGCAUCGACCCAGCCCAUGAUAACAAUGCUCCAAGGGACCCGAAUUGCCCAACCCGUGAAUGCAACCCCGGCCAUCACGCUCAGAAGUCGCACUUGUAAUCAAGGGGAUGUUGAAACUUGGAGCAAUAUUGGACUUGCCAAAAAGUAAAUUUCUUUUUUAAUUAUAA